ACUCGGUCACAGUAUUUGUAAACUUUGUUUUGAUGUAAAAAAUGUCCGAAGUGUUUAUAUAUGAUGAUUAUUCUGAGGGAGGAGUGAAGAGUGGCUCACUGAAGAGCGAAUCUGAGGACAGUUUACUUGAUGAAGAUUCAGAGCCAGGGUCUGCACUAGCGCGUCAGCUGCUGGACGCCCUGACGCCGGCCGCGCUGAGCAAACUGCGCCGCGCUUUCCGCAAGACCAAGGAAAACUCGCGCUCGCAGGACAUUGACAGACGCGUGGAGGAGGUGAUGCGGCUAGCAGCAGCAGAGGAAGGCAUCGAGUUCGCCCCCGCACCCCCUCACACCUCGCUCGUACUUUCCCUUGACAGGGAGGGGUUUAUCCAGUCUAUUAACAAUAUCUUUGGUACUUCAUUACUUAUCAUUACCAUAUAUGAGCCGCACGCGAACGCAUUGUUCAAUUCGUUGGACGCCUGGGGCGCCGGCCGCGUCUGGUGGCGCCAGCUUUUGGCGCGUCUGUUGGUCACGGCACCACCCAGAUUUACGCCGCUGAAGGACAUCACUGUCAAAAAGCUGCAACAUUGCAAGCGCGAAACUAUAGUGAAGUUGGUGGGCAUCGAGACGAGUGUGUCAUUUUGUUAUGCUGCGGUAUCACGAGGCGGACGCGUUGGCUUGUAUGACGGUCGACUCAAGCUGCUGCACUCCUACGAGGUGUUCUACGAUCGAACCGGAGUGCGCAAACGCGUCAAAAACUGCUGGAUAACCGACGCUAUCUACAUGAGCGACUCUCUCAGCUUCCUUCUCGCCGCCUCCGACCGCAGCCUCGCGGUCUACGAUGCGUCCACUCUCGCGCAUGCUCUUCGAUACUGCAUUACGGGAUUACCGCAUAUCGCUACGUGCGUUGCGUACUUACCAUCUUCCAUGUCUUCGUACGCUGAGCUCGGUCUGGGCACGGCGCGCGGCGACAUCGUGCGCGUGCGACUCCGACACGCACUGCCCGCCGCUGACACCGCCACCAUCUACUUCUGGAGGGAGCUGUCAUCCUCACCCCACACCAGCUACAUCAGCAUUACAACAUGGCGACGGGUCCACUCACGCGCCGUGCGACGUAUCGGUUAUUCUGGGAACGUCGUGUGGUCCUGCUCACACGACAGUGAUGUGAGCGUGAGGGCACGCCAUAUGCCAGGGAAACUUGACGACUAUGUGUUUAAAGUGCAGAGGGGUGUGAGCUGCUUCCACGUGGUGCCCGCCUUGCACAUGCUGGCAACAGGCAGUGCUGACGGAACAGUCCGUCUCUGGGAUAUCACGCAGUCCAGCCCAUUCGCGAAGCUCCCAACACCAGGGCGCGCAGCUGUGUUGGACGUGAAAGUCAUCGCAGACAUGGAGGUGGUCAUCGCAUUCUGUAGUAACUGCUGGCUGCACAUCUGGGACUUGAACGAAGAGAGCCUUCUGCAGACAAUAAAGAUCAAGUUCCCAUUCCUCGGGGUCCUGGGGAAGAAGGUCGAGUUCGGAGCCUACUGCAUCCACCCUGGUCCCGCACUCAAGAAGACGGUGGCAGCGGAGUCUCCAAGCACCUCUAGAGGGUCUAGCGUGGCGCGCGGCAGCUCCGGGGGCCUGCAACUGUUAGAGGAAGAGCAUGAAGAAAUCGAGCAUAAGAGAGACGUAGAGUACUCCCUGUCUCACCGCGCCGCCAUACUUGUGACGUGCUGCGACUGCGUCUGCACUGUCCCCCUGGCAGAACCCGCAGAGCCCCGCCCUCCUCCGGGGGACACUUUGCAAGCCCGCCGUCCGCACGCCUGGGAUAUUCCCUUGUCAUCCAUAGCCACUUCUACACCUCGGCGCUACUCUCUGCGUCCUUCACAAUUUCUUCAGCCCUCACACACACCACGAUCACGGACCCCUGGGCCCCUAGGGGCCCACACGCCGCGGUCUCGGACUCCAAGGCCUCUCGGGGCUCAUACCCCACGGUCGCGAUCGCGGACGCCAUUUGACAAGCUCCCUGAAUUGCCUGCGAAGUUACCAAUCGAAGAUCUUGAUCUAGAAACAUUGUUGGAAAAUGCGGGCUUACAGGGUAUCCUCGAGAAAGAUUUCGUGUUGAUGAAGGGACUGAAGCACGACUUGAACAUGAAACUAGCUGAAAUUGAAGCUAACAGGGAAGCAGUUGUUUCCACCGUCGAGCACGGUGGGCACGCCAACGGGCAGCACAGGUUCGACUCCCCGUCGCGGUCGUAG